AUGGUUCUUCGUGUCAGUAUUCCUAGUUUUCGUAAAGUGAAAGAGGGCGAAGAUUCAUACACAGUGUUCCUGGUCGACGUAUGGAUCUCAGGUCGACAUUACACAAUUGAGAAGAGAUACUCCGAGUUUGAGGAGCUGCACAAGCAGCUGAAAAAAGUCAUGAAAACACCAGAAUUUCCACCUAAGAAAGUCCUGAAAUGGAACACAAAAAUAUUGGAGCAGAGGAGGUUAGGUCUGCAUGCUUAUUUCCAGGGUAUUGUAGACCAAGACCCACCACCACAUUCUUUGCUGUUGUUCUUAGAAACAGACGUGUUGGACCACAACAUGGACUUCCAGGAUGAAGAACUACAGAAUUCCUCUCAUCAACCAGUCAUUAUACUGGAUGCCAAGGUGUUCUUGCAGGACAGACAGAGGGCUUCUCUGCCAGAUAUUGUCGUUGAAGGUGUUAUUCAAGCCCUGUAUUCACCAGGAUUACAAUUUACUAGAUAG